AUGUACCAGUCCUCGCAUUUCCAUCACGGCACUCCGCUUGCCGUCUCCAUUCUCGCCGACACCAUCCUUAACCCACUCUUUCUCAAUGAAGAACUGCAAACCCAGCGCGAAGCCGCUCGUUAUGAAGUGAGAGAACUCAGCAACAAACCGGAGAGCAUGCUCCCAGAGGCCUUGCACUACAUGGCUUAUCAGGGCAAUACUCUCGGGAACCCGGCGUUGUGUCCAGAUGACCGAAUCGAUUUGGUGGACGGCAACAUGCUCCGAACCUGGACAAAGGAAUGGUUCAGACCUGAGCGGAUGGUAAUCGCGGGUGCUGGGAUGCCACACGAGGAGCUGGUCGAACUGGCCGAGAAGUACUUUGGUCAUCUUAGAUCACCUGCAUUGACUUCAUCGACUCAACCAUCCUUAUUGGUGAAUGGUGGUCAGUCUGGACUGCUACAGUCGCAGCUGCUGCAAAAUAACCAACAGAAGCCCUCACUAUACAAGUCACUCGCCACUGCUGCGACAUCUUUGCUACAUAAUCCGGUAGCUAAUCAGCUACCUGAUUCCUCAUUCGAGGUUCUCUCCACCAAAAAGGCCAACUAUACUGGCGGAGUACUUCAUAUACCGGCCGAGGAUCAAGAUUUCGAACACGUUUAUGUGGCCUUCGAAGGAGUAUCAAUCAAGGAUGAGGACAUCUAUCCCAUGGCCGUGAUUCAGAUGCUGCUUGGCGGAGGAGGUUCCUUCUCGUCGGGUGGGCCAGGCAAGGGCAUGUACACUCGAUUGUACACCCACGUCCUCAAUCAUUAUCAUACUAUUGACCACUGCGCAUCCUUCCAUCACAUCUACGCUGAUACCUCCCUCCUCGGCCUCUUCGCCUCAUUUGUACCACAAGAGUCGAUGAGAAAGGUGCUCUCUAUUCUCGCUCACCAACUUUCCUUGCUCCUAUACGAGAAGGUACCCGCGGUCGAACUCUCUCGUGCCAAGAAGCAAUUGCAGAGCUCGCUCGCGAUGAGCAUGGAGAGCCGACAGGUCGAAGUAGAGGAUCUAGGACGCCAGAUUCUUGUUCAUGGGCGCAAAGUUGGCAUGUUGGAGAUGACGCAAAAGAUUGACGCCGUCACGGCAGAUGAUCUACAGCGUGUGGCCCAUCGGCUCUUUGGACAAGACUCCAAGCCACCUACACUCGUUUCUAUGGGCACUCAGGAUAUAGACGAGUGGCCCUCCAUUUUCAAGGCGUACGGCGUUGGGAAUAAUAUCUAG